CACACUUUCAAAUAAAAUGUGAUCGACAUGAUGCCUUGUGACGUCAUAAUCUCGCGAUACUCGGAGAGGGGAGGGGCCUGUCAGAUUCCAAAGCAGAACAGAGUGAAGAGAGAGAGAGAGAGAGAGGGGCGCUUAGGUGAGAUUGGAUUCGACAUUCGAAUGAUUCCCGCUCAGGUUCCCAAAGAUCCGGUUCCCUGGAUCUACACUGCGUACCCAAGCACGAACAUGUAUUCCGGACCAGAAGUCAGUUUUCCAUAUCUGUAUUGCAAGCCGUUUGCAAAAAUGGGGGAUGACAAACCUUUUGUGUGCAACGCUCCUGGCUGUGGGCAGAGGUUUACCAACGAGGACCACCUCGCCGUCCACAAGCAUAAGCACGAGAUGACUCUGAAGUUCGGACCUGCCCGGACAGACUCGGUCAUCAUCGCAGACCAGACGCCAACUCCCACUCGUUUCCUGAAGAACUGUGAAGAAGUGGGCCUGUUCAACGAUCUAACCAUGCCCUUCGAGCAGGAAUUCCGUAAAGCCCAGGAAGAUGAUGACAAGAGAGCCAAGAACCCUCUGCCUGCCCCUGGCUCUUCAGUUCUGGACAUGAGUCUGCAGACGCACUCAGAUGUAGUUCGAGUGAAGGAAGAGGAGCCUGUUGAGGUGGACUCCUCCCCACCUACUAGUCCAGACUCCAUCUCUAGCAAUUCAGAUAGCAACCGGGAGGCCACAGCCAGGGGAAUGGAAUCUCCAUCUAAACCAGCAUUAAGUUCUGCACCUAUGCCCACUAUCGUCCGUCCUGGCUCUCUUCCCCUGCACCUCGGUUACGACUCCCUGCAUCCAACCAUGCCUUCACCCACCUCAGUCAUCACACAGGCCCCGCCCUCCAACCGCACCCUUGGGUCUCCAACUGGUCCAUAUCCAAUGAUGAUGCUCCACAAUGGCCAACCAGUUCCUGUGCUCCCAGGCCCAAUGCAAAUGUCUUCUGUAAUAUCCCUGGCUCGGCCCAUGUGCAUGGUGCCCAACAUUCCAGGAAUCCCAGGUCCUCCACUCGGUGGAAGCAGCAGUGGCUCCUCGUCUCCAUCUGGUUACAACCCCCAUACCGAGGCAAAGAUGCGGCUGAAGGCGGCGCUGUCCCAGCAGACCACUGCGGCCUGUGUCAGUGUGGCGAUGGGCUCCAAUGCCAUGGUGCCACAGAAGAUGGAGCAGAGCCAACUGCUUGUGCAGCAGCCUGAUGCCCCAUCUCCAGCACAGCCCCAGGUUUCUCCGGCUCAGCCGACAGGCGGGCGGCGGCGGCGCACGGUGGACGACGACCCAGACGAGCGGAGACAGCGCUUUCUGGAGCGCAAUCGAGCAGCCGCAUCCCGCUGCAGGCAGAAACGCAAAAUUUGGGUGAACUCUCUGGAGAAGAAGGCAGAGGAGUUGACCUCCAUGAAUGUCUCCCUCACUAAUGAGGUGUCUCUGUUACGAAACGAAGUUGCUCAUCUGAAGCAGCUGUUGUUGGCCCAUAAGGACUGUCCCGUCACCACCUUACAGAAGAAGGCUGCCUACCUAGGAGAAGAAUCCAUGAAGGAGAUGUGCGAGGCCACGGGUUCUCCAGCUCCGGUGAUCCAGCACAGCUCUGUGGCUUUGAGUCCCUCAGGAUCGUCAGGGCCGAACGGCGUGAGCUCACGGGCAGCCGCCGAGGCCGUAGCCAUGUCCGUGCUGGCCGGUAUGGGCGCCCAGCGGGGAGAGAGCGGACCCUCGCACGUCAUCAUGACAACACAGGCUCAGCCCUCGGCCAGAUGAUGAGCCCAGCACGAGGAGAGGAGAGGAGCAAGGGAUGAGGCCAGAUCCUCCCUAUCCUCUUUUUCUCCUCUACCUGGCUCACUGUCACACUGUCAUGCUCUUCUGGCCCGGAGCUGGCCCAGAGAAUUUUGGAAAAAAAAACUUUGGAGAACGAAAGAGCUUCCUGUUCACUAUGCCAUAGACUAUGGGGGCUGGACUCCGAUACUCAUCCUUACUCUCAUCCAAAAUCCUUACUAAGCCCAUUUACUUUUGCGCCAUCAUCUCUGCCCUCUUCAUACUCCUCACCUUCCAUCUUCACUCUCAUUCUUCAGCUAAACUGUAGAACAGAACAGUGCUUCCUCAACGACUGACAAUGAUGACUGUAAUCUGAUGCAUAGGUAUUAUGCACACGUGUCUCUCAUUUACAUACACAGUGCAGCGUGAAUGGCUGAUCAGUGGCAGUAAGUGAAAAGGAAGUGCCGCCUCAGAGCGUGUGUGCGUGUGCACGUGUGAUGGGGUGGACGAUAUGGCAAAAAUAUCACAUCACAAUACUUCAUUUUACGAUAAGUGACGUGUACCAAGGCAUUAAGUGUAGUUAAUUCACAUUUCAAACAGAUCAGAAUGAGGAAAAGUGGAAAAAUGAUAUAAAUGAUACAAAAAGAGGUUUUAACAUCCAAUCAGAUGGAUGAUUCAAGGAGUAACUACAGUAUGUAGUUAAAAAAGCACUGAAAACUUACAGGUCUGUGGAGAAGGCGUUCAUUCAUAUUUCAUUUGAAAAGAUCUAUCUCCGGCCUCCUUUACCAUCGGCUACUUGUUAAAUCAAUUCAAUUCAAUUCAAUUUCACCCCAAAAUAAAUAGAGCAGAAUGAGUAUUUUUAAUAAUAUUUCUAAUUGUAAAGCCAAAACCUUUUUAAUUUUGAAACAGAAGGAAUGAACGCAGCACACACAGGUCCUAAAGCCGGUUACUCACUGAAGAGUAUUGUGAUGUUUUUAUAUCGUGACGACGAUAUUGAUAUUAUACGACCGUAUCGAUCAGCCCUAGCAUGUGUUGUGUCGUACACGCUCACACUUACUGCCGUUCACAUUUUCCGCACAUGAACCACAACUCUGCAAUACUUUUUUUUUUUUUUUUUUUUUUUUUUAAUGAAAGGAAAAAAAAAUCCUGUGUGUGUAUCUUAAAUCUUGUCCCUCACAUUUUGGCUCGGUUUUAAUUUUAAAGAGACCAAGAGAACACCUCAGCUGAACUUCACCAAGAUCUGACCUCAUUUCUAUCCCUUUAUAAUAUACUUCAUAUGCAAAGCGUUUAUAAACAGCGAGACUAUAGUAUGCUUGUGCGUGUGUGUGUGAGCGAGUCUGUGUGUGUCUCUGUAUGUAUACAGGAAUAUACAUCAGAGUAUAAAAUUUAUAAUACACGGGACUGAUACACUAAUGUUGGCAAGCUUUAUUUUUAUGCUGUUUGCUAUAUUUUUGGCACAUCCUCCUAAACACGUCGCUCGAUCGUGUCGUUCGGUUUUCCUCGUAGCCUCGUGCCCCCGUCUUCAUGACGUAAACUGGCUCGUGGGUUACAUUUCAAUGUUAAUUGAAAUCUCCUUGUUGGGAUUCCUUUGUUGCGUCAGAGUUCGACGAUGGUUCCAGCUUGUCUGGUGCGUUUUUGUUUUCUCUUGUAAAGUUCUCAGCUUUUAGCUCUACUUUGAGUUCAGGCUGUGUUAGAGCUGAGAUUCACAAAAGUCAGGCUUUUAAUUGUUUUAUAAGGAACGUGGCCUUGUUUAAAAAACAAAACCGAAUCGUCGCCUGUUAUCUCUAGAAGGCAUGUGCCGAUGAUCAGAUAAAUAUCACGAUACUGAACAAAAUAUGGAUAUCGUAGAUGCUUCAGCGUAUCAUUAAUACCUCUACACUCCAUCUGAAAAGACUCCCUAUGGAGGCUAAAUUACAGCUCAGCAUUCAUUGUAUGCACAAGCCUGUAAUUCUUUAAUAGUGACUCAGCAACUAUUAGCAGCAACGCUACAUUUUUUUUUACUAUGGAAUUAACCACAAAAUGUGAAAACUCCUUCUGACUCUCAUCCUAAAACUGAAAGAUUACAGACAGGAAUGAAUAAAAUGUUAGCAUAAACAGGCAUUUGUUUUUAUUUAUUAAAUGAAAAACUAUCGAGUCGAAAGUUUGUACACCCUUAGGCCAAAGUAUAUACCGUUGGCGUUUGCUACGAUGGAUUUGUUUUAAUACUCGGCACAUGCCUGCUAUACCCACUCAUUAACGCACUCAUGCUCAUGAAAUGCAUUAAAUGCACAUCCUGUAUUGUUGCUCGAACAAAAUAUUCUGCCUUAACACUUUGCAGUGCCUCUAACACCCAGGUCAGGUUUUACGGUUUUCUGGUUGCCCACAGAAGUCUCUGUGCCAAAUAUAGGAAUCAACCAGAACAUUUAACAAAAAAAAAAUCUAAUAAAAAGCUUUAUAUUUUGUAUUGCAACGAAUGUAACUACACAUAUGCCUUUGUAUAUCUUGAAACCGCAGGGAGAACAUGAACAGCUUGUGCUGUGUUUGUGUACUGUGCUCUUUACUGCCAUCUGGACCUGAUUCGAUGUUACUGCGUCACAUUACUUUACUAAGAGGUGGAAGGAAACUGGACUGUUUUCAAACUUCCCUUUAAUUUUAUGUCAAAAUGGCUUAAAGUUGUAGUUUGGUAGAAAUUAAAAUGUUUUAAUUAUUGUGAAAGCGGCCGAGAUGUGCUUAGUGUUUAAAUUGUCGUCAUGGAAAUCUCUCUCACCUCAAAUCCUUCCCCGAGUUAUGCGACAGAAAAGCGUUCGCCCUAUCGUCUGUAGGACACAAGUACGAACCCUGAACUCUCAGGGGAGGAGGGAUCACAAAGGGUCUGUCAAUCACAGCCACUUUUGGGGACGCAUGUGGACUCCUGUAUUUGGAAGAUGGUGGAAAACAUGUUCCUCUGAGUGUGCUUGGAGGCAUUUAGGAAAAGGGGCUUUUGAUUUUUCCAGGAUCACUGCCAUUAGCACCAUGUGAUGCUUUCGUUCAUUUUUAUAGACCACGAUAGGUCACACUUUAAUCUGUCAUGUUUAAUAAUAAAACUGGAUGCAUUUUGAGUUAUGGGUAGCAUCUAAAAUGAGACCAGAAGCAAACACUUUGGCUGACUGAGUUCAUUUGGGACAAAUGUGAAUUUAGCAUAAAGAUUUAUUAUUUUUUUUUCUCCUUUCUUUUACCCAACUAUUUCUUUAAAAUGAACGGAAAAUGUUUUAGCAGUACGUGUGACUUGAAUUUCCCUUCAUUGUGUAUUUUACAUGGAGCGUAAUUAGCAGAGAAUGUAACGGCACGUCGAAAUGCACUAAAAUAUGAUCGAGGUUUAUAGACUUAUAUUUUAUGACCUUUGCUGCUGAGUAUGUCCUUCCUACAGCGUGUCCAUUGUCAACAUGGGUUAGCGAGUGUUUUCAUUCAUGUGCGUGGAAGGUUCAAGGAUUUCGCAGCAGCCACGGAACGCUUAUCUUACAGUACGAUUACGCUCCGAUAACGCUGGACUGAGCGAUGUGGCGUUCAUUCUGUUCUCAGUCUUCGUGUUCUCAUAUGGAAAAGAGGAGGGCAGGGAAAACUUUCAGCUUUCAUAUUAAAUAAUGAUUGCCGGCACUUUUUUUUUUUUUUUACAUCUGUUCUUUAUUUUGUGCAGCGAGGACUGUCAUAAUAAAUACUUCUCUAAGACCCUUUCCCCUUUUUUGUAAUACUGAAAUGUAGAACAUUUUAGACCUACGUGUUUUUCGUCAUGAGCCUCUCAUCUUACUCACUAUGUAAUCAUAUUCUUUGCAGAUUUUUUCCCCCCGGUUUUUAAAGAAUAGUAAGAAUGCCUUAAGACAGAUGUAGCCUUUUAUAUACUGUAUAAAAAAAUAUUUUUUUUUAACCUCCAACACAGUUUUGGCCCUGGACUUUUUUUUUUUAACACCCCAUAUUUUUAAUGUUAAUACACUGUUAAUUUAUUAAGGAAUUAAUACAGAAUAAUAAAAGGAUAAAAACAUAAUCCCUCAGAUCUGUAUUUAAUAGUAAUGGUUAACAAGGUAUGUAGGUAGAAAGGCAACUAUUGAAAGAUGUUCUUUCUUUCGGUUUCUAAUUGUAAAGACACACUCCCGGUUGGACUGAUGUUAAUUCUAGACUUUAUCUUCUUUACUGUACAUAUGUGUACUAUAUAUAAAUGUAUUUACUUUUUCAUGCAUGUCGAAGUGAAAUACGAUGCACACUUGCAGUGCUGCAGUUUUGAUUAAAGAAAAAGCAAUUAAACACCA